AUGGUUCGCAUCUCUCUGCCAAAUCGUCUCAAAUCUUAUAGCAAAACCGGAUCUCGAAGUCCCAGCCCAAAUACCAACAGCAACAAUAACAAUAACAAUACCAAUACCAAUAUGAAGAACAAAAGCAGCGGACGGGAUUCCAGUCCUGAUGGCAACGGUAUCAAAGUCAAUGGUUUGACUUUGAAGGUUGUUGUUCUCAAGGCUCGAAAUUUGGCAGCGAAGGACAAAAGUGGAACUUCUGAUCCUUAUCUAGUACUCACACUCGGGGACGAAAAGAGCACAACUCAUACGAUUCAGAAAACCUUGAACCCAGAAUGGAACGUCACUUUACAACUACCAAUUACCGGCACGAACUCCCUGCUUCUCGAUUGCGUUUGUUGGGAUAAGGAUAGAUUUGGAAAGGAUUACCUGGGGGAAUUUGACCUUGCACUGGAAGAUAUAUUCUCCAACGAUUUGCACGAACAACCACCGACAUGGUACCCUCUGCGGAGCAAGAGACCCGGUGGAAAGAAGGAUAGCAAUGUUUCCGGCGAUGUCAUGCUUCAAUUCACUUUAUGCGAUGCCACGAAUCCUUCUGCCAGCUCUCACCAAAUCAUGGAGAAAUUCAGGACUUUGGUAGGAACUGAGAGCCCUGGCUUGGUCACACCUUCAAGAGAACUAGAAGCAAUUACACCGGGGACAGAAAUGACAGAGGACGAUUAUUUCGACGAGGGCACCGAGCCAAGUGACGAAACCGAUGAUCCAUCCAAACCAGAGAACGUCGAAAAACGACGAAAGAGAUUACGACUUAAGGGGUUGCGGAAGAAGAAGCAAUUGAGUGCAUAUGAAUUUUCUGGUGAGAGCGAAGUUGUUGGAAUUGUUUAUCUGGAAAUUGGCAAAGUUACGGACCUUCCCCCAGAGCGAAAUAUGACAAGAACAUCAUUCGAUAUGGAUCCUUUCGUGGUUGCAUCUUUGGGAAAGAAGACAUACAGAACAAGAGUCAUUCGACACAAUCUGAAUCCAAUCUUUAAUGAGAAGAUGAUUUUUCAGGUCCUCAGGCAUGAGCAAACUUAUUCUCUCGUAUUCACAGUUAUCGAUAGGGAUAAAUUAUCUGGAAACGACUUCAUUGCUUCGACCGUAUUACCAGUUAAGGAUAUUACCGACACUGCUCCAGAAGCUGAUCCAGAAACCGGUCUUUUCGCCAUGAGAGACCCCCCUGAUCUCAGUGCUUUGAUGGUACAACAACCUCAAGCAAAAGGCUCCCGUUUUAAAUUGCCAAUGUCGAGAUCUGCAUCGUCACAAAGUCUAAACAAGCUGGGACGUCCAAUAUUGAAGAAGGAGCUGACCAGCCAAAGUACAAACAAUGGUGGCAUUUCCGGUAAAACUACACCCACUCUCGCCCCUACCAGCGUUUCAGGAUCCAACCCAGCAGCUCUCUCCCCGAAUGACGCUAUACUACCACCCCCAGUUGUCGAGCUAGAAGAAUCAUGCGAUCAAACUGGAGAUCCUGAUUUACACUCAUUUCAGAUUCCAUUGAAACUCAAAAAUGCGGAAAAGUGGGAAGAAAAACAUAGCCCAGUCUUGUAUAUCAAGGCUAAAUAUGCCCCUUAUCCAGCUCUACGCCAGCAAUUCUGGAGAGCAAUGCUCAGACAAUAUGAUAGUGAUGAGAGUGGAUGUAUCAGUAAGGUGGAGCUCACAACUAUGUUGGAUACGCUUGGCUCGACUCUAAAGGAGUCCACGAUUGAUGGAUUCUUUAGACGCUUUCAAUCACCAAAUGGAGAUGAUAUACUUUCAGAUUUGACCAUUGAUCAGGCUGUUAUCUGUUUGGAAGAUCAAUUGCAGCAAAAGCAGCCCAAGACACACCUUGGCGAUAAGAUGAAAAAUAUGAUGCCUGAUACAUCAGUAAUCAAACAAGCUAUACCUAGCCAACUUGGUGGAACUCGUGGAGAAAAACCUACAGAUGCAGCCAAUUCCGCACCAUCAGAGGUUACUUUAGGUCAGUUCCAGUCGGAGGGCUCCGAAGUUCCAUUUCCAUCAACACAAUCAGUUGAUCACUUGGGUGCUCCCGGAGAAGAAGGAGAACUGCUGGACUCAGAUGACCUUAAUAAUCAGACUGAGGAGCAUGUGGUUGAGAUCAGAGAAUGUCCAAUCUGUCAUCAACCUCGCCUUAAUAAGCGUUCCGAUGCCGAUAUCAUUACUCACAUUGCUACUUGUGCUAGUCAAGAUUGGCGUCAAGUUGACAAUCUUGUCAUGGCUGGAUUCGUCACAUCUAGUCAAGCUCAACGCAAAUGGUACUCCAAGGUCAUUACCAAGAUUUCCUAUGGUGGUUACAAACUCGGUGCAAAUUCUGCCAAUAUCCUUGUGCAAGACCGUAUCACUGGGCAAAUCAAUGAAGAGAGAAUGAGUGUUUACGUUCGUUUGGGAAUCAGGCUGCUAUAUAAAGGAUUGAAAUCUAAAGAAAUGGAAAAGAAGAGAAGUACGCUUGGCAUUUAUUACAUAUUUAGUGAGAAACCUAGUAGAACAAUUGCUAAUAUGAAUCCAGUUCGCAAGCUUCUUAGAGGCUUGAGUUUCAAACAGGGCGUCAAGUAUGAUGAUCCUGCUUCGACAGCAGAGAUUCAGAAAUUCAUCAAUUUCCAUCAACUAGAUAUGAGUGAAGUCCUGCUUCCAUUGGAACAAUUCAAAAGCUUUAACGAGUUCUUCUAUCGUCAACUUAAACCAAGUGCACGACCAUGUUCAGCACCAGAUAACCCUCGUAUCAUUGUCUCCCCUGCCGAUUCUAGAUCAGUUGUCUUCAAUAGAAUGGACGAAGCUACCAAUAUUUGGGUCAAAGGUCGCGAAUUCUCAAUUGAGAGACUCCUCGGUAGUGCGUACCCAGACGAUGCAAAACGAUAUACAAACGGCUCUCUGGGUGUCUUCCGUCUUGCUCCACAGGAUUACCAUCGUUUCCAUAUUCCAGUUGAUGGUGUUAUGGGUACUCCUAAAACUAUUGACGGAGAGUAUUACACUGUCAACCCUAUGGCUAUUCGAUCCGCACUCGAUGUGUAUGGAGAGAAUGUUCGUGUGGUCAUCCCGAUCGACUCUCCAGAGCAUGGAAGAGUUAUGGUUAUUUGCGUAGGAGCCAUGAUGGUUGGAAGUACAGUCAUCACUCGCAAAGCAGGUGAGAAUGUUAAACGUGCUGAGGAACUGGGAUACUUCAAAUUUGGUGGUAGUACUAUUCUUCUAUUGUUUGAAGAUGGUGCUAUGAGAUAUGAUGAUGAUUUGGUGGGGAAUUCUAGUCAGGCUUUGGAAACUUUGGUCCGUGUGGGUAUGUCGAUUGGUCAUCAUCCAAAUCAGAGACAACAUACACCUGAUAUGCGGAAGAAUGAAGAAGAUAUUACGGAAUCGGAGAAGGCGGAGGCAAAGAGGAGAAUCGAGGGGAGUAUUACGAAUCAGGGGCCGCAUAUGCCGGGAAAAACACCAAAGGCUAGUAUGGCGGGAUAA